CGUUAAGGCCCAACGGACAAUGGGUUUUCCUUCUCAGGCCUGUGAAGGCUCCACCCAAGCUAGCCAGGCCCAUACCAUUUACUGUGGCAAAAAUGUAAUUUUUUUGUAUCUCUUGGGGCAAAACGGGAAGACUACCUUUCUUCUAACUGUUUAUACCAUCGGAAAUCGGAAGCCUAACGCCAUCUCUGCAAAAAAGUAGAACUUUGUAAAUGUAAAAAGGUAAAGCUUUCUCCUUUCUCGAGUUUCUUUAUCCUAAUUUGUCUGCAUCAAGAAUUUCUUUAUUUUUCUUAUGUCUUUUGCUAUUUGGGUUUUGAAUUUCAUCCCCUAUAUGUUGUCUGAUAUCUCUGCCUUUUUGUUGAUGAAAUUUGAAGUUGCAUCCUUGUGAUGAUUAAUAUGUUUAGGGUUUGACUGAAUGAGACUCGCAAGUCUCAAUUGAUGUUGAAUUGGUCUGAAGGAUGCAACUUAACUUGCAUUAAUGCUUUCUUGCUUUUUCUUUUUCUUUUUCUUUUUUUUUUCUAAUGUCAUUUAUGCAGCUUUCCCACCUUUGAUUCAUGAUCACUUUUAAAUCUCUGCUUUUGCAUCCCUAUGUUGAUGCAAUUAAUAUGUAUGUUAAAAGUAGUUUUUGACUCAUUGAAGAUAAAUAUGAUUCUGAGGGAUGCGAUGCACACUCCUUCCCGGGUUUUUAUCCAUAUAGUUUUCAAUUUCUAAGUUUUUCUUAAAAAAAAAAAAGAAAAUCAGUGAUGCCAUAUGAUACUCAAAGUUUCCAACUCUUUUGAGUUGAAAAUGCAAGUUUCAAAUGAGCUAUAGAAACAUAUAUCUAUAUGGAGUUGGGGUCAGUUACACCCAAGGAAAAUAUUGUAGGUGAUGAGGAUCUUGGAUAACUUAGGUGGUUUUUUAUUUUUGGUUUUGAUUUUUAAAAUUCAAAAAAUUUAAAUUUAAAAU